UUCGCCUGUCAAUCCCACCGCUUCCUCUCCUUCUCUCCCACUCACAAAAUUCGCGCUCUGCAUCUGUAUCUCACCACAAGCGCGUGGCUCGAGUCUCUAAUGGCGCCGAAGGGAGAGAAGAAGCCGGCCGAGAAGAAGCCGGCGGAGGACAAGAAGGCCGAGAAGGCGCCGGCGGAGAAGAAGCCGAGGGCCGAGAAGAAGCUCCCCAAGGAGGGGGCUGUCGACAAGAGGAAGAAGCGGGCGAAGAGAAGCGUCGAGACGUACAAGAUCUACAUCUUCAAGGUGCUGAAGCAGGUCCACCCAGACGUCGGCAUCUCGAGCAAGGCCAUGGGCAUCAUGAACAGCUUCAUCAACGACAUCUUCGAGAAGCUGGCCCAGGAGUCGUCGCGGCUCGCGCGCUACAACAAGAAGCCCACCAUCACCUCCCGGGAAAUCCAGACGGCCGUCCGGCUGGUGCUCCCCGGCGAGCUCGCCAAGCACGCCGUGUCGGAAGGGACCAAGGCGGUGACCAAGUUCACCAGCGCCUAGGGAUCUCUCUCGAUCUGGGCCAUUUUUGGUGCGGCCUUUGGCUUUUUUUUCCUUGUAAAAAAAA